GUGUAGAAAUGAUGAGAUUAAACCAUGCAUCUUGAUGGAUUGAUAUGUAGAUACUGAUAUGUGUGUGUGUGUGUAGAGAGAGAGAGAAGAAAUGAGAAUGAUGAAUUUGGAGAAGAAUGAGAAUGAUAGAGGUAAGAUAUACAAGAACAUUGAUCAUGAUGAAGAAAAAUAUGAAGAAAGGAUUAAUGGAGUUCUGCAUGAAGAGAAGGGAAUUAACAGCAGCAAGAAAUAUGUGUUUGCCUGUGCCAUCUUUGCUUCUCUAAAUUGUGUUCUUCUUGGAUAUGAUAUUGGUGUUAUGAGUGGAGCCAUUAUUUUCAUACAAGAAGAUCUAAAGAUCACAGAGGUGCAAGAAGAAGUUUUUGUAGGAAUCCUUAGUAUAAUUUCUCUUUUAGGGAGCUUAGCAGGAGGAAGGACUUCAGAUGCCAUAGGCAGAAGGUGGACAAUGGCAUUUGCAGCCAUUGUGUUUCAAUCUGGGGCAGCCAUAAUGGCUCUGGCAACCACUUUUGGAGUGUUAAUGGUGGGCAGAUUCCUAGCGGGGAUCGGAAUAGGCUUCGGGAUCAUGAUUGCCCCGGUCUACAUUGCAGAGAUUUCGCCCGCGAUUGAGAGGGGAUCAUUCACUUCACUCCCAGAGAUUUUCACAAAUUUGGGGAUUCUUCUUGGGUAUGUCUCAAACUAUGUGUUUUCUGGGCUGCCUGCACAUAUAAGCUGGAGGGUGAUGCUGGGUGUGGGGAUUGUUCCUUCGGUUUUGGUGGGGUUUUCGCUGUGCAUAAUCCCGGAAUCCCCGCGGUGGCUGGUGAUGCAAAACCGGGUGGAGGAAGCCCGGGAGGUGCUGCUAAGGACUAAUGGGAAUGCGGGUGAGGUUGAGGAGAGGUUGGGGGAUAUUCUCCGGGCAGCCGGGGGGAAAAACGAGGGGAAAAGUGUGUGGUUUGAGCUGAUGAAGCCCUCGCCCGGGGUGCGAAGAAUGCUGGUCACGGGGUGUGGGAUUCAGGUUUUUCAGCAGAUCACAGGGAUUGAUGCCACAGUUUAUUACAGCCCCACAAUCUUCAAAGAUGCAGGAAUGGCUAACAAUCCCAGCAGGCUCCUGGCUGCAACUAUGGCUGUUGGGUUCACCAAAACUCUCUUCAUUUUGAUUGCCAUUUUCCUGAUUGAUAAAGUGGGGAGAAAGCCCCUGCUCUACAUUAGCACAAUUGGAAUGACUUUUUGCCUGUUUGGUUUAGGAAUCACACUUUCCUUACCCAAAAACUAUGCUCAAAUCAGCCUGGCAAUCCUGUUGGUGUGUGGGAAUGUGGCAUUUUUUUCUGUGGGGAUUGGGCCUAUAUGUUGGGUUCUGUCCUCCGAGAUCUUCCCGUUGAGGCUGAGGGCUCAGGCAGCCGCCCUCGGGGCGGUGGGGAGUAGAGUUAGCAGUGGGGUGGUUGCCAUGUCUUUCCUGUCUGUGUCUCAUGCCAUUACAGUGGGAGGGACAUUUCUGGUGUUUGCUGCCAUAUCCGCUGCCUCUAUCGUGUUCGUGCACAAAUGCUGCCCCGAAACGAAGGGGAAAUCGUUGGAACAGAUCGAAAUGAUGUUCCAGAAUGAUGGGCAGUGGCUGGAUGGUGGAGUGGAGCUUGAAGAUGCUCAGCAUCUCAUGCACAACACAGGCAAAUGAUGAUGAGUAAUAAGAGUUGCAGAAGAAACCAGAUAGUAGAGAAAUUAAGUGAAAUUUUGUAAGAUUUCUAGUGUAAAGGUGUGCUGAUCUUUUUUUUUUUGUUUUCUAGUACUUAUAUGUAACACUUAAGAUUAGAUGCUUGCGUAUAGAUUUUAGUUCAACAUACAUGGUGGGUAGAUGAAAAUUGUGGGUAUCUAGAUUUACCUCUCAUGUAAUACCUAGGAGUUUAAGUAGCUUGCCCGUUUAGAGUUAGGGUGAUCAUAAUAACCAAAAAAAUCGACAAAACCGAUAACCGAUAAUCGAAUCGACCGAUAAUUUCGAUUAUCGGUCGGU